GAGUCAACACAAGCACACAAACGCACUUAACAUUAAGAAGGAACGCGCAGUUUUGCAAAGCAGAGGCCUGCGUGCUUUUCUACGGCUUUCUCUUCGACGUUCGGCUGUUAGUAACCGAGUCGACAUGCCUUUUCUCGGACAGGACUGGAGGUCACCGGGUCAGAACUGGGUGAAAACCAACGAUGGAUGGAAAAAGAGGACAGCAGACGACAAAAACAACAACGUCUCUGUGGAGAGCUUCUGCAAAGACAACGAGCCGGAGUGUUUUAACAAGGAGAACCUGCUGCUCUCUCUCAGCUAUGAGAUGUCUGCCAAGAAGAGGAAAAAGGAUCUGAUGAACAACAACAGCAAGGCCCCCUAUUUCCACAGGGAAAAGUGGAUUUACGUUCACAAAGGAAGCACCAAGGAGCGCCACGGAUAUUGUACGCUCGGAGAGGCCUUCAACCGCUUGGAUUUCUCCAGCGCCAUCAAGGACACGAGGAGAUUUAAUUACGUUGUCAGACUCCUGGAGCUUAUCGCCAAGUCGCAGCUCCCCUCGCUCAGCGGAGUGGCGCAGAAAAACUACAUGAAUAUUCUGGAGAGGGUUGUUCAGAAAGUUCUCGAUGACCAGCAGAACGUCCGUCCCAUCAAAGAGCUGCUGCAGACGCUGUACGUGUCGCUGUGCAGCCUCGUCCAGGACAUGGGCAAGUCGGUGCUGGUGGGGAACAUCAACAUCUGGGUCCACCGCAUGGACAACAUCCUGCAGUGGCAGCAGCAGCUGGACAACAUCCAGAUCAACAGACCUGCGGCCACGGGCAUGUCGCUGACCGACCUGCCUGCCAGUCUGCAGCUGAACAUCAUGCAGCGGCUGACGGACGGCAGGGACCUGGUCAGCCUGGGACAGGUGUGUCCGGAGCUGGGGGCCUUGACGGAGGACCGCCUGCUGUGGAAGAAACUCUGCCAGUACCACUUCACAGACAGACAGAUCCGCAAGCGUCUGAUGGUGUCGGAGAAGGGUCACCUGGAGUGGAAGAAAAUGUACUUCAAGCUAAGCCGCUGCUAUCCUCACAGAGAGCAGUACAGCGACACGCUGCACCUCUGCACACAUUGCCACAUCCUCUUCUGGAAGGAUACGAACCAUCCCUGCACGGCCAACAACCCCGAAAGCUGCACCACGUCCCUCUCCCCUCAGGACUUUAUCAAUCUGUUUAAUUUCUGAUCUCUGCAACACACACACAUACACACACUCCCCUACUUCUUCAGAAAACUCCAGAAGUAUGGACUGGACUGUACAUACUGUUCUUGUACAUAGACGUUUUUCUUUUGUUUCAUAAACCAAUCAUGUCCUGGAUGUACAUUUACUUGCGACAUGGACCUGGAGAGGACGCAGGCUGUGGGACGACUAUGCAAUUUUAUUUGGUUUGAAUAUUUGGAUGAGAUCAAAAGAAGCAUUUGAAAGUGAUUGAAUGUGAUGGAGAAUGAAAGGAAUGUGGUGAGGAGGGGGGGGGAAAGGGAAUAUUUGGCUGAAGUUUUCAGUUUUAAUAUGGUCUAUUCCCUUGUUUAUGGGAUUUAAGUUCUAUUUUUGUUCAGAUUUGUUCGAUUUUUUUUUUAAUCGAAAAUGGAUUAAAGUAGUGAUGUUAAAAGACCUCCACUCUGGGGAAGGUGCAAUAUAUUUUAUGUGGAGCUGUGGUCUGCUUUAAUUGGGAGGGGAAAAUGCAUACAGGGAAGAGAAACGAGAUGUUUUGUUUUUAUGCUUUUUUCACUUUUAUAUGGAUUUGAUAUGUUUUCUUUUAUUCUGCUUUGGCAGUCAUAGCAGCAGCUGAGUGCAGUAUUACCAAACGUAAUCAAAGCCAGAGUAACUGUGGUGUGCCUUUACAAAACUUGAAGCAAUACCGGCAAAAUCUCCAUCUUGUUUGCAUCUUUUCUAAACCCUGACUAUUGUUUUAUUUUUUUUCUGUGUUUAAUUUUACGGAGGACUAAGGUGCAACACUCUGAAACCAAAGUUGUUUAACUAUUUUUUUUUUUUUGUUAAGACUCCUGUAUGUGUUCAAACACCCAGCUGAUUGUGUUGUUUACAUAUUUAUUUCUUGAGACUUUUGGCGACUGGUUCAACUUUCACAUUUUAGGUUUAAAGAAGUGGACUUUUUGAGUGUUUAAAGGGCCUUUGUCACUGCUCAGACUUUGAGGAACUAUGUACAUGCUAUGCAAUGCGGUCUGUUUUUAUGUUUAAUAAACUGAUCAGUGCUGUCUGUCC